AUGAGGAGAGUCCGAAGCAUUACUGCUUGGGGGCUGUUCAACCUGAAUAUACAAAUAUCCAUGAAAUUCCAGAAGAUCGCGCAGUUGCCGCCGCCGGCUUUCGCAGUCCUUGGUGAAGAUGGCCGAGACUAUGAAUGGAAACCGUAUCCUCAUUCGAUCCACCUCACCUACCCCCGCCAACUCGCGCGCCUUCCUCAGGUGAGACAAGGACUUGCUGAAUUAUCAUGCAUUAUGGUCAAGUUUCAGGAGACUUUGCAUAGUGAGGGUUCAUUGAGAGGCUCUGCCUCGAAUGCGGAAGCCGGGUGCUCGAUUGACAGCUUGCCCCACGAAUUGCAAAGGUGGCUUGAACAAUGGCCCUCCGCAUCAACUAUCAAAAAGGAGAAAGAGAUCAUGCCUCAAUUACUGGUCCCUCGGAUCCAAUGUCUGGAUCUCUCCAUGGCAAUCCUGGAGCUUCUGAUUGAACGGGACCAGAAAGGCUUAGCUCAGCAACUACAACAGACGUGGCACAUGCAGGCUGAGGAUAUGGCCCAGUGCCUUGCACUUCACCGUAGCUCAUACGGCUUAAAGCACAUCCCUGGCCAACUGGGUGAUGUUGUGAUAUCAGCUGCGUUACGUGUGGUCUUCCAGCAACAAGAUUCCGAUGAAGCAAAGCAUCUUUUCACGGAGCUCUGUCGAUUUGGGGUCGCCUUGGCUCAGAGAUUCAGACCAGCAUCUCAAGCCAUCCACAAGAUCCUAGUGUUGGUCAAUGGUAGUGCAACCGCAUUCCCUGGCGAGCUGAAGGACAUCUUGAGCGGAUUGGAGACCCGAGACGAGUAA